AGGCUGGCUGCAAGCGCAGACCGCUUGAUGCUGGAGUUGAGGCGCGAGGGAAAGCGCGAGAGAGCCGCGUGAAAUCUCUGCGGUGCAGAGCUGGAAAAGCAGCUUCUCGGCGAAAAUCAGACGCCCUAUUAAUCUGCUCCCUGGUUCCCUUUAUUUUUUUUUUCCUGGAGAAAAAAAAGAGGACUUACCAAGAAGUUGCAACGAGGACUGGUUCCCGUCUCGGCGAGCAAACUUGGUAUUUCAUGCUACAGCAAGUCACCGCGCAGCGCUGGAUGAACCAAAAGAACAACUGCAUGAAACAAGAAAGGAGAGAAGAGACGCUGAUUCCCAAAUCCGUUUUGGCGACACUCGCAAGCUCCUUUGCGAACCUGCAAAAGAGUCGCGACGGCAGCAUGAGCGCAGAGUUGAGCAUGGGCCCGGAGUUACCCAGCAGCCCUCUGGCUCUGGAAUAUGUCAACGAUUUUGACCUGAUGAAGUUUGACGUCAAGAAGGAGGGUUUGGCCGGCCUGGAACGCGGAGGAGUGCGUCAGUGCAACCGCCUCCAAGCGCAAGGCUCCGUGUCGUCCACGCCGAUCAGCACGCCUUGCAGUUCGGUGCCUUCGUCGCCCAGCUUCAGCCCCACGGAGCAAAAGAACCACCUGGAGGAGCUGUACUGGCUUCCCGGCGGCGGCUACCACCAGCAGAUGGACCCGCAGACUCUCAGCCUCACCCCCGAGGACGCGGUGGAGGCCCUGAUCGGUGCCACGACCCACGGCCAUCCUGCGCCGCCGCCACACGUCCAGCAGCAGCUGCAGCAGCAGCAGCACCAAGCCGCCUUCGAGGGCUACAGGGGUCCGCAUCACCACCACGGCCACCACGGCCACGGCCAGCCUCACCACCACCCGUACGCGGGGGCUAUGAGCCACCACGCCGAGGAGCUGUCAGCUCACCCGGGGGCGCACAGCCACCCGCACGGCCAGCAGCAUCAUCAUCACGCCAACAACAACCAGGACCCCGACAGCCCGUCCCCGGUGUCCCCGGAUGCCCACCCGACGCUCCACCACCACCGCCACCAUCACCACCACCACCACCACCAUCCGCACGGCCACUUGGGCCAGUCGGCGGCACACCACGGCUCGGCGGGCGGCGGGCUCAGCGUGGAGGAGCGCUUCUCGGACGACCAGCUGGUGUCCAUGUCGGUGCGGGAGCUCAACAGACACCUGCGCGGCUUCACCAAGGACGAGGUCAUCCGCCUCAAACAAAAGCGCAGGACCCUGAAGAAUCGCGGCUACGCGCAGUCGUGCAGGUUCAAGCGGGUGCAGCAGAAGCACGUGCUGGAGAACGAGAAGACGCAGCUGAUGAACCAGGUGGAGCAGCUCAAGGCGGAAAUCGGCCGCCUGGCCAGGGAGAGGGACGCCUACAAACUCAAGUGCGAGAAGCUCGCGGGCUCGGGAUCGGGGCCGAGCGCCGGCUUCCGCGAGGCGGGCUCGACCAGCGACAACCCCUCCUCGCCAGAGUUCUUCAUGUGAGUUGUUUUCCCAGGACCGCGGACGACCGAGAGACAAGCGUUCACCCCCGAUGACAAGAAACCGAUUAGGACGACAAAUAGAUCCACAUGUAAUCACGUGUCCAUCCGGGCGCCCGCCGAGGUGUCGCGGCAGCAUCUUUGUAAACUAGACUUGCUCGUUGAUGACACUUUGCAAUUCCCUCCUCCGAGAAAAGAGCCGCCAGAUGAACUGUGGCCCUCCUUUACCACAUAAUCUUGCUGUUAAAUGGCGCAGCACGCAGGCUCAGCAAGGAGGCCUGGCGUCGAGAAUCCCCACAAGCAAAA